AUGGUCAUCAAAACCUUGAAUUUGGAGCACGAGUGUUCAAGGGAUCAGAGAAAUUAUUGGCUGAAUUCUACUUUUUUUGCUCAAAGGUAUGCAAAUGAGUUAAGGGCUGAUCCGGAUUGGUCAGUUCCUGGAUUUACAGCUGCAAUUCAGAGAGAUUUUGGCUUGGAGCCGAGUAUGCAACAAAUAUAUAGAGCUAAGCUGAAGGCAACGAAGUUAAACAAAGGUAGUUUUGUUGAGCAAUUCCACAAGCUGCACGAUUACUGUGAGGAAUUGAAGAGGGCAAAUCCAAGAAGCACAGUUUUGCUUAAAACUGAGUUGGAUGGUGAUCAAAGAAGGUUUCAUAGGCUGUAUAUUUGUUUGGAAGCAUGCAAGACUGGAUUUUUGCAAGGUUGUAGGCCUGUAAUUGGUAUGGAUGGGUGUUUCAUUAAGGGACCACAUCCUGGUCAGUUAUUGGCAGCAGUAGGGAUUGAUGGGAACAAUGGAAUGUUCCCGCUAGCUUAUGCUGUUGUAGAGAUAGAGAAUAAAGAGACAUGGGACUGGUUCAUAAGAAAUCUGAUGGCGGACUUAGCCAUUGAAAAUGGACAUGGUUAUGCUUUCAUUUCAGAUAAACAAAAGGGUUUAGGACUUGCCCUUGGUGAUUUACUUCCCAAUGCAGAACAUAGGCAUUGUGUCCGUCAUUUUUACAACAAUUUCAAGACUUCACAUAGUGGCCUGACAUUGAAACAACUUAUGUGGGAUGCAGCUAGGGCAACAACAAUCCCUUGGUGGCAAUGCCAUAUGGAGAGGAUGAAGCAAGAGAGUGAAGUUGCUUGGAAGUGGUUGCACCCAAAAUCUGCAGUUCAUUGGAGUAGAUCACACUUUAGAACCCAGUAUAAGUGUGAUAUUUUGCUGAAUAAUCUUUGUGAGGCUUUCAAUUCUUCAAUAUUAAAGGCAAGGGACAAGCCAAUUCUUUCAAUGCUUGAGGGUAUAAGGACAAAUCUCAUGGUGAGGAUGGCAAACAGGAGGGUUGCAGCUUGGAAGUGGAAAAGGCAUGUUGGUCCAAGGAUUGAACAAAUUAUGGAGAAGAACAAGCUGGAGGCUGGUUAUUGUAUUCCUACUUUGUCUGGGGAUAUGAAGUAUCAAGUCACAAAUAUGCAUGGGGGGCAAUUUGCAGUGGAUCUUGCAAUAAAAACAUGCUCAUGUAGGAGAUGGGAUCUUUGUGGGCUCCCAUGUCCACAUGCAAUCAGUUGCAUUCUUAGAAGGAAGCAUGACCCUUACUCAUAUGUAGAUGAGUGCUACAAAAGGGAAGCUUAUCUUAAGUGCUAUAACCCUAUUAUUUCUCCAGUGCCUAGCAUGGAUCAGUGGCUAAGCACUGGUCCUCACCCAUUGUUGCCUCCUCUAUUUAAGAAGCAAACUGGGAGGCCAAGAAAGAAAAGGGCUAGGGAGCAGGGUGAUCCACCAGCUGCAACCAAAGGAAACAAACUAUCUAAGUGGGUUCAUGACAAAUUUAGUUGCAGCAAAUGUGGCCAAGCUGGCCAUAAUAAGAAAACAUGUGGCAAAUCAACAAGUCAACAGCCUCCAAGUGCCCAAGUGGUCCCUAAACCUAGACAAAGGAAACCAAAACUUAAGGUGGCAAGAGGAGGGAGGAAAAUACAGCAAUCAAGGUCAAACUCUAAUGCUCCAACGGGAACAAGUAUUUCACAACCUUCUCUAGCAGUUGUCAGGUUUUCACAACCCUCUCCAGCACCUCAAGUGGCAUCACAACCUCCUACUGCACACAAUUCUUCAUCCCAGCAAGCCUCAACAUCACAAACUGUCCAAAGAAGGAAAUUAAAGUCUCCAGCAAAGAAAGGAAGGCCAUGGAGAGUUUGA